AUGACCUCUCGUAUCUUCCGCGAGCCCCGUCCAGGCUACGUAGCUCAUACCGGGCCCUCAGCAGCCUUCCUCCGGAACCCUCUCGGGGAGACUCUGCGAAACUAUGGUGAUAGCGAGGAGCCUGCCGACUCCACCAUUGGCCGUGCAUUCGGCUUCCCCGAGGGUCACACAUACUGGGACUUCGUUGCCAAUGAUGGCGAAGGCGAGAACAAGGGUUGGCGGCUGCCGGUAACCCGCAGACGCACCACCACUUGCACGCAGCGUUUGACUGGGCUGGACUGGGUGGGUGGCUCCGCAGGCCCUGUCUCGAUCGAAUUGGCCAAGGUCUUCCCUGACCUGGAAUUCGUUGUCCAGGACUUUGAGGGCCUUAAGUCCUUCCAUGAUGGCGUUCCUGAUGAGCUUAAGCCGCGGAUCACUUUCGAAGCGCAGGAUAUCCUGCAGCCAAACAAGCACCAAAAUGGCGAUGUCUACCUCCGCUCUAUUUUGCACGACUGGUCGGACAAGUACGCCGUCUUAAUUCUGAGCAAUCUAGUGCCAGCGCUCAAGGAUGGUGCGCGCGUAUUGAUCGCGGAUUUCAUCGGACCUGAGAUAAUUCAAUCGGGACCCAUGUGGUUGGAGCGUCUUUCGACUAUCAGGUCCAUGUAG